AUGGCAUGCUGUAUAUUUCUUAACCUAUUAUCGCGAUUUAGAUCUUGCAAGCUGAGUACAUGUUUUCCGGCAACAGAUGCUGAAGUCAUCCCAGAGAUUAUAACUAAAGCUUUUGGCGAUUGUGGUGACACAGAAUGGUAUUCGCUAAGCAAUAUUUGUUAUAAAGUCGUCGAUACAUCAAGCAUAAUUAAAUACGCCUCUGCGUCUUCAAUUUGCCAAUCUUCUGGUGGAGGUCUAGUUAAAGUAGAUUCUAGAGAUGUACGCCAGCUAUUAAUUGAUAUUAUGAGUACAAAUGAAUAUUACUGGAUUGGCUUAAGGGAUAUCGAUGAAACCAAUAAUCCAACCGCCUAUCGAUGGAUAAUCGAUAAUGAGGUAGCUAGCGGUUAUGUUGAUUGGGGAUAUUAUCAACCUCACUAUUACUACCAAGAUUGUGUGGUCUAUGCCUAUCGAUUGCAAGCUUGGGGUUGGUAUGAUGUGCAUUGCGAAGGAAUUGAAGGGUUUAGAGCUCAUUACAUCUGCCAAAAAUCAUCAAUCUCUUUAAGUGCUAUAGAAUCCAGUGAUAUUACUUCCUCUUUAGUAGCAGCCUCGACAGAAUCGGCGAUGCAUGUAGAUCAAGAGAUAAGUAGUUCGUAUACUGUUGAUUUCGAACAGCCUGAAUUAAGUUCCGAUACAUCUGCUCAACAAAUUACGAUAGCUGCUACGACUUUGAUGGAAGUUACACAAUUAGUAAACUUUGAAAGGAGCAGCCUGCAGGCAGGUGGCCAAAGUAGUUCUAAUACUAUUCAAAAGCAGUCAUCCUCUAUGACAUCUGUAUCCGCAAACCUUGUGCUUUGGAAUGGCGAAUUAUAUCAUGCAUCGGCUACUUUAUCGAUCACUAGUAGCUUGGUUAAUGAAACGCUACCUGAUGCCAGCAUAGAGGUCGUGAAGUCAGCCAAUUUGCUCAGCUCAAGCACUCCUGUACUAUCCGAUGAAUGGACAGCGUAUAUCGACCCAACUGCUACCCAAAGUGCUCCAGAUUAUACCACUAUUAUGGAAGAUGGAGUAACUUACAUUUCACCUACCAGCCCAUACGAGAUUUCGUUACCAUUAUCGGCCGUAGAUGAAUUAGUUACUAUCAGGAAAAAUUCUAAUUUGAAAGUGAUAAUCGGAAUUCAUUCGUUUCGCGAUAAUAUCAGUAUGGUAGCUGCAGAAUUUUGUAUUAUAGGGAUUAUUCACAUUAUUGCGGUUGUAUCAAACUUGAUCGCUCCUACGUACAAGGCUGAUUAG